GUUUAUAUAGCUUUUUAAAAACUGAUUAUCUUAAAUUAAAAUACAUAAUCUAUGGAGUGACAGGUUUGAAUCUGAACAGAUGAAUCUCAAGAACUUUAAAUUUGUGAUUUAUCAAUUUUGAAAAUACUGUAUUAGAGGGAUGGAUUUGACUUUAGAAAAGGAGGGUACUUGGUAUGAACCGUUAAAAGACGAAAAUGAAAUACGGACGCCAAGAUAUAAACAAAACAAUUCACCUCGAAUUAUUGUCCACAAUGGCAGUGGUCCUCGCAUUCAUUUAAGAGCAUCGCCAGCGUCAUCACAUCGUAGUGUAAACACAUCAACAGUUCGACACAAUGGGAUAAUGUCGCAUUCAACACCUCGUCAUAGUGCUCCAUCUACGAUCAGAUCCCGACACAGCAAUCAUAUGUCAUCGAGACAGCUAUUACGUCAUAAUUCAUCUGUCAGAAGUGAGAAGGUGGUAGGUGCUAAUCACUGGCGACCGUCAACUUUUGAAAAUAUAAGAGACGAAUGUUUGAAAAGCGGUACAUUGUACGAAGACCCUGUGUUUCCAGCUAAUGACAGAUCUUUGUACAGACACAUAAGGCCAUAUAAAAACAUCAAAUGGAAAAGACCACACGAAAUAGUACAGAAUCCUACGUUUGCUAUUAAAGAUGUCUGCAAUAUGGAUAUUGAACCUGGAAAAUUAGGUGACUGCUGUUUGUUAUCAGCAUUUACAUGUCUUGCAAUGGCACCAAAAUUACUGCAAAAAUGUAUUCCAUCUGGACAGAAUUUCCAUGACAACUAUGCUGGCAUAUUUCACUUCCGCUUUUGGAGAUAUGGGGAAUGGAUUGAUGUUGUUGUCGAUGAUAGGCUGCCUACAAUUGAUGGUCAUAUACUAUAUAUGAGAAGUUGUGAUCCCCAAGAAUUCUGGUCAGCCCUGUUUGAGAAAGCUUAUGCAAAGUUAUAUGGAUCAUACGAGAGUAUUCAUGGUGGAAGGAUAAAAUGGGCACUUCAGGACCUCACAGGGGGGAUAGCUUAUUCUCACAGUACUACAGAAAGUAUAAGGCAUUUACUGACAGUUGUAGAUAUAGCAAUGUCUCAGGCAUCGUUGAUUGGUGCUUACAUAUCUACGUCUGUUACAAACAACCAACCUGGCGUUCUUAGCAACGGACUUAAGACAGGUCACACAUAUAGAAUAUCCGGUUAUGCAGAGAUUCCAGUAACAGGAGGGACAGUUAUACUGCUAAGAAUGAGAAAUCCAUGGCACAGUGUGUACUGGAAUGGCGCAUGGAGUCCAAGGUCUCCCCAUUGGAAUGUUUUGAAAGAGAGUACAAAAGAAAAGAUGAAAAUCGACAACCUGUUGGAUGGCGAAUUUUGGAUAUCAUUCAUCGAUUUCAAAAACAUCUUUACGGAAAUUGAAAUAUGCCACCUUGGUCCAGAGAGCUGGAAAAUGGACCAAAGUAUACAACAUCGUGGUGUGUGGUUGGCAUCUGUGGCACAUAGGCAAUGGAGACGUGGAAUAAAUGCAGGCGGGUGUGUUAAACCAAGUGUGAUGUGCAACAACAGCCAGUUUUAUUUGGAGUUAGACAAACCAAAAACUGUCAUAGUUUCCUUAAUGCAGAAAUAUAAGACGACCGACGACCAAAGACGCUUCCAACCAUGUUGUUGUCUUAUCUUUAAGGUACCACUUGACGUAAAAACAAAAAGGAGCGCCGAAUUCUUCCUUUAUAAUAAGAUAUAUGCCAGUACAAAAUUUAUCCAGGAUAGAGAGAACGUCCACACAUUUAAACUAGGAGAGGGGUCGUAUAUGAUCAUGCCUGUCACAGAAAUUGAGGGACAAGAAGGCAAAUAUAUGUUGAGAGUCUAUACUGCCGGUAACUCUAUAAUAAGAGAGUUAGACGAUUUAGAUGGAUAUAAGGAGACUCAGAAUGGCCAUUCAUUAGACUGGGAAAAUAUCAAUAUGCUCAGAAGACAGCUUACGAAGACAGCAAUACAACACAAGUAUGAAGAAAUAGAUGCAUCUAGACUACAGAAGGUUCUUUUAACGCCUAUGAAAGAUAAAAUUCCACUAUUAUGUUGUUUUUCAGAAUCUGAGAUUGUCAAAUUUAAACCGUUAAAUCUUUCUCUAGACACAUGCAAAGCAGCUAUAACUAUAUUCGAUAGUAAAAUUGAAGGACAUCUAUGUUAUGAAGAUUUAAACAAGCUGCUCAGCAAACUUAUACUAUGGCAGGGUACAUUUCGAAGCUAUUCACAGGGAAAUCUUGAUUUUAGUUCAUAUUCACUGAGGAGUGCUCUACGACUUAUAGGACUAACUGUUAGCAACAAAACGUUAGAAACACUUAUAAUAAGAUUUACCAGCAACGGAAGAGUGUCACUUGAGCAAUUUAUAUGCAUAGUAAUUAAAUUAAGUACAGUUCACGCUCGAUACCAGUCGUGUUUAUCAACAAGCAACAUAUUACUGUCAGAUCUACUUCAUACAGCAAUUUAUUCAUGAAGAUGAUUUGGCUAGAAAUGCCAAGAGUAAACCUUUUCGAUUUUUCCGUCAUUAACGACACCCAGGAAAUGAAAAUGUGGGGAAAAACACAAAAUAUAUUUCAAAUUUGUGAUGUAUUCAGCUUUAUGAUACUUAACGUUCUUUUGUUUUUGCUUUCUGCUGUAUCAUUAUUUUUGUUGAUUUUAUAGUAUUUUGUUUUAUGGAACUCUGAAUAAAGGACUGUGUGCAAUUAUAUUCUUCAAAUCAAAUAAUCUAAUUAGCCUGACAUUAGAUUGUUUGUUCUGCUUUAUUGUGACCUUUCAAAAGAAAGACAGAAACUAUUCUUAUUAUUGAAGGCUUAUAAUAUAAUCAAAUUUCUUAAUAAAAUCGUUCUGUAUUUCUGAUAUGUCAUUCUGAAAUACUGUUAAUGGAAAGUAUUUUUCAUAACUAGCACAUGCUGAGGACAUUGAAUAACAAAAUAAUUUCAAAACACUUUGCUGGAGGAUCUUGUUCACAUAUUUGUUAUUAUACUCCCACUGGUUGGGUAUAUGACUUGUACUGCAAUCACACUGUUAUUUAAUCUGUUAUUCCGUCCGACGGUCCGUCUGUCAACAACUGUCAUUGUGCCAUCGAAGUCUCUGUUUAAGACAAUCACAAUGUCUACUGCACCUUUGUUCUGGCAAUGUUGAACAAGGUUGAAUUUGUCUAUAUUUUAUGUCCUUAUUGGUCAUCUACAUCCAAAUAUUUCUACGUAGCUACACAUCUUUUGCAUUAAAUUGUAUAGAUUUGAACAUUCCUGAUUGCGAUAAAUGCAGAAAAUGCGCUUCGGACGCACGAAAGUGAUAAGUGUUACUAUCAUUCGACUCAGAUACAUCAACUAAGACAAGGAAUUUACCUAAAUUCUUUAUUCAAGUCCAAGAGAAGACUACAAAAAAAAACAACAAUUGCAUAUUACAACAUCCUUUAUUGCAUUCAAAAAGCUUUCCCAGGUUGGGAUGAUGAAAGCUACAGUAAAAAAUGACUGUACACAAAAUAUGCAGAUGACAAAAUACAAUAAAUAAUGAAUGGAUUCUUCUGCUGUUUGAAAAAUAUACAUUAUACUUACAAAAGAUAGGAAUUGAAAUGUACAAGGUAAAAAAGAUGUAAAAAUAUAAUGAACUUACAUACACAAAAUUUAAAAAAAAUAAAAUAAAAAAAAUAGAACAUAUAUUCAAAAAUGUUACAGACGAAAGCAGGAAAUGCUAGGAAUAAACACCUUGCAGAAUUC